AUGGAAGAUAUUUACGUACAACUGCGUACAACUUUUAGAAUUUGCAAGAAAGUGUGUAAAAUACGUAAGAUAAAUCUAUUUAAACUGAACGAGUUAUAAUUUUGGCACGGGCACUUAAUUUGUUAUUAAUACAUUAAACGUUGGAUUUCUGUGAUAUUAAAAAUGUCGAAAAUUUUCACGCCAACGAAUCAAAUACGAUUAACCAAUGUUGCUGUGGUUCGUAUGAAAAAAUCAGGAAAACGAUUCGAGAUCGCUUGUUACAGAAACAAAGUAAUCUCAUGGAGAAACAAAUUAGAAAAAGAUCUCGACGAGGUUCUACAGACACAUACAGUGUUUACAAAUGUUUCAAAAGGUCAAGUAGCAAAAAAGGAAGAUCUCAUAAAGGCUUUUGGCAUGGAUAACCAAACAGAAAUUUGUAAAGAAAUCCUUACAAAGGGAGAGCUACAAGUUUCAGAUAAGGAAAGGCAUUCUGCAUUAGAUUCUAUGCUUAAAGACAUUGCAACAACUGUUGCUGACAAAUGUGUAAAUCCAGAAACAAAACGUCCAUAUACAGUAACAAUGAUAGAAAAAGCUAUGAAAGACGUGCAUUUUUCUGUAAAGCCAAACCGCAAUGCAAAGCAACAAGCCUUGGAUGUUAUUCCACAAUUAAAAGUUGUAAUGCCAUUAGAGCGGGCUCAAAUGAGACUUAGAGUCUUGGUUUCAGGCAAAGAGGCCAGGAAGUUAAGAGAUAAAAUUGUUAAGCUAAUAGCAACGAUAGAAACAGAGGAAUGGGAUAAUGGUACGCUAAACAUAAUCUGUUUGAUUGAUCCUGGCCACUACAGAGAAAUAACUGAAUUGGUACGAUCUGAAACAAAAGGUUCUGGACUAUUAGAAUUGCUGAAUUUGAAGGAAAUUGUUGAAGGAGAUGGAUGUUUGGAAUAAAUUAUAGACCUAACCAAACAUUGUUAUACCAUUAUAAAUCUCAAUACAAUUCAGUGUCAUAACUUUUA